CUAUCAGAUAGUAAAUAUAGUACAUAUGCAUAUCAACUGCGCAAACGAUUUCACGUGGGUUUUUUUUAGGAACUGGGUUACGGUUCUUUGGUAUUGACAUCAAGUUGCAAGAAAUACAGAAUCAUAAUUAGGUUCAAUUAGAAAGCAAUCAACCGUUUAACUUGUCACGCUUCAGCUGCGCACAGGACUAGACUGAACCUCAACGAUGAUGCCGUAGUUAAGCGCAUUUUCCUUUGAAACAACAACGAACGAUGGCGAAGCGCAAGUCUUACGGAGGCGAGGGCGGUCAUACUGGGAAGAAGCAGAAGACUGCCCAUGUGCACGAGGCUCCCACUUCUGAGGAGGUUUUCACCGGACGGCAGCUUCUCCAGUUGCUUGCUUUCGAGCAAGACCUUCAGAAAGCCAGGCAUGGCCUACAGUCGUUCAAGAACCUCCUCGAUGCUAUCCUCAACAACGAAGACGAGAACUCCGAAAAGCUGCAGAUAGUGCUUGAGUAUCUGGAAUCGGUAAAGCCAAGAGAGACGGAAGACGAAGUCCCCGUGUACCUACCUGAUAUAAUGGAGACAUGGAGCAUGGCCUCGCAACUGAAUAACGAAAAUGUCAUGUCUGCCGUUGCCGUCGUGCUUGCCCUGCUACUCAAGAUUAUAUCCGGAAACAUGGACCUAGUAGCGUACGGUCUAGGAAUAUGUCGAACCCUUCUCCAAAAGCGCCAGCAAGAACUGCUUGCCAAGAAUCUUUCCGCCGACAAUGGCAAAGAUUUUAUAAUAUCGCCCACGUUGAGAUUACUCAAGGAGGUUGUCUCGUUAGAUGGCGGUGCUCUCGCUGCCCCGAUCUUCAGAGCUAGGAGCAAUACGUUCAAAUCGCUCGCCAGGAAUAUGGGUCUGAGAUAUCUAGGAGAAGGCAUAGAAGACCCCAAACGACCGUCCGUCAGAACGAAUGCGAUCCGUUUUCUGCUAAGCAGUCUCAGGCUUCUCCAUUUCGAAGCGAAACGAGACCUACUAUCUCAGAAGGAUAUCGUGGCUGCGCUCAUGAGACAUAUCAGAAAAGAUCCCCCUUCUUUAAUACAGGAAAUACUAAGCACUCUAAGAGCUUCUGUCAUCCUCGACAAGAAGUUACCUAAGGAAUCUAAGAUCAGGAUACUGAAUGCCAACUCGCUCAUCAAGAUAUCAGAACUUUAUGGUUAUCCUGAGGAUACCACAGAACCCAAAGACGAUAAUGAGGGCGUGCGACCCUCAGUGGAGGAUUCGGCUCACGCAUUCCUACUUGCUGCCUGUACCGAUACGAGCGCCGGUAUACGGCGGUCAGAACACGGUUAUUACCCCGAGGGCGUAGAUCCCAACGCGGUGCCUUCAGGGGCCAACAGCGUCAAGCUCGUGAACAUGAGCAUCGACAGCAUUCCCUGGAUGAGCAAGUUCGAAGACGAAGUCCCCGUCCGAAAUACGCUACUGGCCGAGUUUAUACAGACAUUGCGUCCAUGGUCCAACACGAAACAAAACGAACUUUUGGUGGCCAUCUUCGAGAGCUCGCCUGAGCUAAUUGCCCAUUACUUUUGCCACAAAAAAUCCUUCUUAUUCGACCCAAAGCUCUCGGCUACGUGGAUUGGAUAUGCCGCGUUGCUGUAUAAUGUCAUCCAACUCCCGAUCCCGCCUUGGUUCGGGCACCCCAAGGGUUACGCGAGAGUUCCGCCCCCUACCUCUGUGGUGCUUGGGAAUUUGAUUCCGUUGCCUAUGACGUCUAAAGCCAUACUACGAUGCUUCUCGAUCAAGUCCAAAUUGGCGUCUUUCUACGCUAUCCGUAUAUUGACAUUAGUGUUACAAAAGCUUGGACGAGCUCUGGAGAUGCACCGAGAGGCAUCUCCCUCGUCUGAAUCUAUCUGGGAGGAGGCUGCUCGGCGACUGCUUGAUGAGUUCUACGAAAAGAUUCCAGAUAUCAAGGACGUUAUAAAAUGUUACACGAGUUUAGACCAAGAUGAUCUGCUUCAACGGCAAGCUGCGAGUCGCUUGUUAUUACUUUAUUAUGAAGUUAUUCCACAGCUUGCCUUAAGGGCCAAGUUUGAUGUCUCGCCCAUACUUCUCGCGACCAUCAAACGGGUCGAGGCUUCUAAAGAGACGACAGAAUAUGUCGCCAUGUCAAUAUUAGAACUUGAAAACCUAUGCGCCAUUGCGAAAUAUUCUCCAAGCAUGCGGUGGUUCGCCAAAACCUCCGAUAUCCCCCAUUCCCCUUUUACAACCCUCUUAAGAUUAUCUGUCGAACGGACGACCAACCUCUCUAACGAGAGUCUGAACAAUGUUUUACAUUGGGUGGCUAGCGAAUACCAAUUGGUGGAGAAUCGGCCGAAGUCUCCAGGGUUGCAACCUCUCUUUGCUGCGUUGAGAAGUCUUGAGAAUAUAGAUACCGCUAUCUGGACAUUCCUGGAUAACUGUGUUGAGCGGUGCGCCAGGACCCCGGUCAAGUACCUGGAGAUGAUUGAAGAACAGCUGGCAAAGGCCACUGUCUCAGAGGAUGAAGAUACGGUUGCGUAUCCUCUCAUGAUGACAAUCGCGGAACAAAUUCCGUUCCUGAUAUCAUCAUCCCCUUCGAAAGCUACACUCAAAUCUUUUGUUAAGUUACUUUCAGAAUACCUCGGACAUUCACUGGCUGCUGGAGUGAACGAGUCUUUCCUGGAAGCCUCCAAGGGGCUCUUUGCUGCUGGUCUUGGAGACAAGAAGCUCGUGGAAAAGUUGCGCAUCCCCGAUAGAAAGAAGGCCGCAUUAAAGCCACAAGAUGAUCCUAAUGUGCUCAACAUUAUUGAGACCAAUGGCUUGUACGAUGGAAUGGCCGAUGGGCAGAUCACUGAAAUUAGCCCAGAAGAGCUGGAGGAGAAGCUCGCUGUACCCAUUACCACCACCAAGGACAAUUCGUUAUCAAGAUGGUCAUCCAAGACGCCAGAAGAACUCGUCGAGGAAGGAUAUGCAUCAUCAUUAAUACGCCUGCUUUCCUCGGAGCACUCAAGCAUUCGCAAGGAAGCACUGACGAAUAUCAUCAAGAUGGCCUCGAAGAUCAGAGAAUCCGCGUACGAGAACAACGAGCAGGUAUGGCUCCUCCUCAUGGAACUUGCCGAGUCGACACGAAGCGCAGUCGACGAAGGACCCGUGCCCAGCGUCAUCAUCGCCUUCGCCUGCAAAGCUCUCGAGGUCCUCAUGAACCCGCUCCACUGCCUCUACGAGAAGAUCAACCUCUUCCUCACCGGCCGCCCCGUGUGGUCUCUCGACCGCAUCCCGCUCCUCCAGGACAUCCUCCAGGAGGGCCCGACCGAGGACGGCGCGUUCUACUCCGAGGUCAGCUGGCUGCUCGGCCUCCUGCUCGAGAGCCUCCGGACCCCCGAAGACAUCGCCCUGUUCCACAAGCGGAAAGUGUUCGAGCGGCUGCUGGCGCUCCCGUGCAACCCGUUCAUGGGCCUGAACUUGCGCACCCAGGUCCUCCGCAUCGUAUACAGGGCUACGGGGAUCACGGGGGGAAGCGAUACGCUGAUCACGCGGUUCGGGGCCGUGGGGUGGGUGUUGGCGAGGAGAGAUGCGGCGGGUGGUGUGGAGAGGGGUGUCUACCAGGCGCUGCUUAGACGGCUGUGGGAGACGUGCGAUCAGAGGCGUAUUGCGGUGUGGAGUGAAAAGGGGGUGGGAAGGCUUGUGGAGAGGUGAUGUAGUGUAGGUGUAUGCUCAGGAAGUUGUACCCAAUGGCAAGUUUAUGUACCUACCUAUACAUAGCGUGACAUGCCAUGCGAGCUGAUACUACUAGUUAUGUAUCAAUGAUGAAUAUUUCGAAACCUGGGUUUUGCUUCCAAGUUGUUUGCUCCCUACCGUACCUAAGGCUACCUACCUUAUGUUAUAGAUACAUUGAAUUAAUACAUUCAACUCAUGUCGAUUCAGGCAUCGAGCUCUGGGGGCUUAGGACCCAC